AUGAAACAAAGAAAGAAUACAUAUCAAUUUGAAAACAAGGUUAAGAGUAAAAUUGAUAAUUUAGAAGAAACAACGACCACUACUACUACGACUACUACUACUACAAAGAUUAACAAUAAUACCAAACAUGUAACUAAAAGAAGAAAGAAUAGUAAUAAUAGUGUAGACUCAACAACUGAUAAUAACAUCAAUCAUAAUAAAACAAAAGAUAUCAACCAACAAAGAAAGAGAUCAUCAGCAUCACAAAUCAAUAAUAAUAACAAGAGAAUUCAAAAUGAAGAUGAAACAGAUGAUGAUGAUGAUGAUGAUGAGGAAAAGAGGGAAAGUAGAGUCUACACAGAGAGUGAAUUGAAGAUUAAACUUAAAAAAGAUUUACUUUUAAUUUGUCAAUCAUCGAGGAUAGAUGCAUCAAUGAAUCAAACCAAAGAUGUUAUCAUUGGAAGGAUUAUCAAAUCUCAAAACGAUAGAUUGACAUUUAAAGAGAAAAUGAUUGAUAACAAUCCUUUAUGUGACUUUAACAAAGGAUCACUUGAAUAUUCAUUACCAUGGCCAAUUAUCAGUAGAAUACUCGAUCAAGUUUGGACUGAAUCUUCUGUUUGUACUUGUUACUUUAGUGAUCAAUUCACGAGUACUCUACAACUGCCACAAGGACAAUAUGGUUGGUGUUUUGUUGCUUUUGAUUACUAUCAAAUGUGGCCAGUCUAUCAACCGUUGUUGGACGAGUACAAAGAAUCAAGAAUGAAAUGUCCUAUGCAUACGUAUCACCAUUUGAAUGAUGUACAUCCAUUAAUCAACAUAUAUACACCAUUCAUUGCCAAAACAAGUAAUGACUCCAACAAAUGGAGAUACCAACUACUUUGUAUUUCAAAAAGAGUCAACCAAUUUCUGUCAUCCAAACACUUUGCCAAUGUUCGACUUGGAUUCACUCCAGACACAUGGAAUCACCUCAACAAUCAAUAUUGCCCAAUUAAAGCACCAAAACAACUUAAAUUGACUAAAAGCCUGACCGAAGAUAAUAUCAAAUCACUCACAAUACCAAACUAUAGAAUGAAACUAUCAUUCGUGUCUAAAUUCAAGAAUCUCACAUCACUCAAUUUAAAAUGCUCCUCUGAGAAUACAAAUAGAAAUGAAUUAUUGAAUAUUCUUCAACUAGGGAUGGUUAAACUAUUACUUCCAAACCUUUGGUGUGUUGAACCAAUCUCACUCAAAACUGAACUAGCCAACACAAUUCAAGUGAGCAACAUUCAUCCACCAAAUCAAAUGCCAAACUUGCACACAUUUCACAUCCCCUCUUCAGAAUACAACAUGUCAUCACUUGGAUAUGAAUAUCAUGGAGCUAGAUUCAAAGGAUCAACAUCAUCAAAAAGAAAUCUUCAAUUUAUUAAAACAACAACACCAACACCUGACAUUAUAAUUAAAACAACACCAAAACCACUUGAAGUAAUAGAUUUAUGUCCCAGUUAUACAAGUUAUGCAAUAGUGGGUAACAACUCAACACUUCCCUACUACUUGAUUGAAAAGAUAGUCAAAUAUUCAUGGAAUAGUUAUUAUUGUACUUGUGAUAUGGCAAAUGAAACAAGCCAAUCUAGAAAUUAUGCAGAUUUUAUCAAGCAAUCUCAAGAGUUUAUCAAAGCCAAAUCAAUAUGUCCCAUACAUAAGGAUCGUGCCCCAAAUAUGAAUACAUACAAAGGUGAAAAUAUGCUACAACAAAAUGCUCAUUGUCUUCUUCAAGAAUCAAACAUACAACUUCAACAUCAACACUUUUCAAAUCAAUAUUGUCUUUUGGGUAAGUCAAUCUCAACUCUAACAAUCGACCUACCAUACCCUUCCCUACCACCAAAAAUCAAAAGUUGGGAUUUUCUUGACGCCGAUCACUAUUCAAAGAUACAAUGUUUCAAAUUCGAAUCAAGGUCGGAACAAUUAAAUUUGCCUAUUCCUACCAAUCUAUUCCUCAUGUUGGUUAUUUUCGAUUCUCUUACUUGUUUGGAUCUAUCAAAUUUUCAUUUGGAUCCUGAAAGUGGAAUGGAUAUCAGUCAAUUAAAAAUAAUACCACUUAGAAAACUAUUCUACAAUUACAAAGAUAAUCAAUUUCUAUUCAAACCACAAAAAAAAGAUGGUGAUGGUGAUGAUCCAAAUAGUUGGCCACUUACAAAAUCAUUGGAAGCAGUAUCAAUCAACUCACUUGAAGUCAUUCCAAUGUUGGAUAGAUUACCAAAACUCAGACAUCUUAGAAUCAUUUUGGGUGAAUAUCAUGAAUGGGAAAAACAACUCGAAUCAAUUAAUUUUCCACCUCGUGUAACCAAACUAUCAUUCCAAGAUCCCCAUAUUGCAAAGAUCAGCCUAUUUAAUACACAAGUGAAUGAAUUGGUGCAGUUAUCCAAUAACCUGUCUGACAAUCAAUUUUAUCUCACCUAUGACAAUAUCCAAAAGGUCACCAUCAGAAAGAUAUGUUAUCAGGCUCGCAGGUAUAGCCGUCCAUUUAUUUCACAUCAAAACAACUUUCAAUUUGUUGGCACCUUUUACACAAAUACUCAAGAAAAUGGUAUUGUUCAUUACAAAUGGGUUUAUAUUAGAAAGAAUAAUAACCAAAAUUAUCUAUCCUAUCAUUCAAACCAAACAAAUCAAUAA